AUGGCGGAUCUUAAAGUUCACAGGAUCUUCUUUUUGGUUAUUUCUCUGACAAAGUGUUUGGAGAGCACACAACUGCUGGCAGACUUAAAAAAAUGUGGUGACUUGGAAUGUGAAACUUUAAUAAGCAGAGUCUCAGCCUUAAGAGAUUACAGAGGACCUGACUGUCGAUACCUGAACUUCACUAAGGGAGAAGAGAUAUCAGUUUAUGUUAAACUCUCAGGAAAAAGGGAAGACUUGUGGGCAGGAAGUAAAGGAAAGGACUUUGGAUAUUUUCCCAGAGAUGCAGUCCAGAUUGAACAAGUAUUCAUAUCUGAGGAAGUUCAAAUACCAACAAAAGAAUCUGACUUUUUCUGUCUUCUUGGAAUAAACUACGUAUUUGAAAAUGAAGCUAGUGAGUUAAACAGUGAUAAUAGUGAAAAUAUGUAUCCAUAUGAAGAAGAUAAUGACCCCAAAUCUAGUGUAUAUGAAAAUGAUUUUCAGAUAGAACCUGGCUUUUAUUCAACUUCUGAAGGUAGUUUGUUUGAAGACCUAUUUCCAGCUUCAGAGGCUCCUAAAGAUAUCAGAAGUACUAGUGAAUCAGAAGAUUGGGAAGCAGAAGCUGGAAGUAUGGAACAGUAUCUUAUUCCAGAAGGGGAUCAUGUCCCACUGUCUUCAACUGUGCCUGAAGUGAAAGAAUGGUUUGGAUUCGGAAAGGACCAAACUGAAGAAAAGACUUUUGAAUCAGUUAUUGAACCUCAAGAAGAAAGCUCAUUUCAAAGUAGACAAACAGCAGUGGAAGAUGGGAAUGGCCCAGAGGAAUUAAACAGUGGUAAGCCCCAAACAGAACAUAAGCAAGAACUUGAAUCAGAGUUUGAUUCAGUGCCAAAGGAACAGUCUGAACUAGUGUCUGAGUCAGAGCACAUUUUCAGUCCUCAAGACACUGGUUGGUUUGGUGGUAGAUUUACAAGUUAUUUGGGUUUUGGAGGUGAGGAUACAGAGCUUGAGUUAUUGUCCAAAGAAAGCAACCCACCUUUAGAAGAUGUUCCUAGUUCCAUAUCCUCUGAGGAAGAACCCACUGUUCCGUGUACAGAAAUAUUAACAGAAAAAGAAGACAUAAUCACUAAUGACAGCUCAAUUCUCAAGCCAAGCUGGUUUGAUUUUGGUUUUGCUAUGCUAGGCUUUGCAUAUGCUAAUGAAGAUAAAAUGAUAUCAGAUGAUGGAAUAAAUGAAGAAGGAGGUGUGGGAGAUAAACAUAGACAUCCUUCAACAAGUGAAUUUGACCCUCUUAAGGAACAAGAAAUAAAACAAAUAAAAAUUACAGAAACUGAAAAUCAAAUAGGCAAGGAAAGGGUCUUAGAGAAAACAGAUGAUUCUGAUACUGUACCAUAUUUUAAAAAGCUAUUAUAUAAUUUUGACAAUCCCUGGAAGUUCCAGAACACUCCAAAGGAAACGGAAUUGACAUUUCCCAAACAGACUCUGGAUGAAAGUAAUAUGGGUGAAAAUGAUAAAACAGAAGAAUUUUCAGCUGAAAAGUACCCCACAGAUAAUAUAGAAGAUAUGCUGAAAAGUGAUUACAGUCAGCCAGAUAUGGACUCUGAAAUAGAGUUCCCUAUGGGAAUUCAUGAAGAAGCUCAUUUCAAAACUCUAUCUUCUGAAAAUUGUGAUGAAAAAUUAAAAACAUCACUAGACACUGAAAGGCCUACUCAGGUGGAAAUGGACACAUCUGUGGAAAAUACCCUGUCAAACAGUCAGAUCCUUUUAACUGAUUACUCUUUAUCUCCUCAAAAUUACAUUGCUAAAAACGAAGAUGCUUCUUGGCGUCAGCUUCUGGAAUAUUUAUUUCAAAUUGAUGUUUAUGAUUUCCUGAAUUCUGCAUUUUCACCAAUUGUAAUUCUAAUAGAAAGGCGCCACCCAAUAAUUUUACCUAUUUUACUAAAUAUAGGAGUAGCUGAAAAUUAUGUUUGA